GAACCAGUUGACGUUUUUCGCAUUGAUGCUGACAUACUCGAUGUUGUCCUGUCCGGAUCGGAUGGUCUCGACUCCGUUCCAGCAAGUUUCAAGACUGCAUAGUUUAUCGUCAGUUGAUUUUUCUGGGAUUUGUAUGGUCAUUCAACUGGAAUAAAUUGUAUUUUUCAGGAGGUCCCAGAAAAACAAAAAAUCCAAGACAGGAUGCAUUUGGCCAUCCACAAGUGACACCAUGUGAACGAGCUAUUUCACGAGGUGGAUAUUUCACUAAUGGAAAGCUCAUCCAAAAUUUUCUUUUUGGACAGUAUAUCAAACAACACUUUGAAGAACCAGUUUGAUCCUGAAGGGAGAGCAUAUACCAAUUCAACUGUCUCUUUCCAACACCAAAUAAACAGUGUCCUCCUUGGACUGUUUCUUAGCACAGUGGUACUGCUGACAGUGAUCAUGAACAUCAUGGUCCUUUAUGCCGUGAAGAAGGAACGGACACUGCACACAGUGGGGAACCUCUACAUCGUGAGUCUCUCUGUGGCAGACCUGAUUAUCGGGGCCACAGUGAUGCCUCUUAACCUGGUCUACUUGUUAGAGGACGAGUGGAACCUUGGCCAUAUAGUUUGCAAAUUCUGGCUGGUAAUGGACUAUGUUGCCAGCACCGCCUCCAUUUUCAGCCUGUUUAUCUUGUGCUUGGAUCGUUACCGUUCUGUGCGCCAGCCCCUCAGGUACCUCAAAUAUCGGACCAGGGGCAGAGCCAGCAUGAUGAUCUCAGGGGCCUGGUUUCUCUCCAUGAUGUGGAUCAUCCCAAUUUUGGGCUGGCGGGCCUUCUCUGAAGCUGGCCCGAAACCAGAAGUGGAAAACAAAUGUGACACAGACUUCCAGUUUGUCACGUGGUUCAAAGUCCUGACGGCCGUCCUGAAUUUCUACAUCCCCUCGUUGCUGAUGCUAUGGUUUUACAAACAGAUUUACAAGACUGUGAGGCGACAUUACCAGCAAAGGGACGACAUCAACAAGACCAUCCGCUUCUCUGACAAAAGUGGGAUUUCUGAUAUUCCACCGAGGAAACAUAGCACUCUACCAGCUUAUACAAAUGCUGAAGGCUCAGUAGAUCAGUACAGCUUAGAGCAGCCAUAUUACUUAAAGCAUGCUAUUGCAGAACAAAUGCAUGACUCUUGGGUGGAAAAACAAACAAACAGAGGUUUCCAUCAGGCUACAUUUUUCACUGUCACAAAACAUAAAACACCAGUGAAAAAGGCAGGAGAGUGCACUCCAUCUUCACAAGAAGACCACGCAGCUCCUGACACUCCUCUGAAACUGACAUCCCUGCCCAUUGGCUUCCUGAAGUCAGACAAUGACAAUGUCCAAACAAUGUUCUUGUCACUGAACGACUGCAACUUGUCAGUGCCGAACUCUGUAGUCAGUGUCUGUGAGAUAACACACUUACCCGAUGUUCAAAACUAUGCUUCGAUUUUAUGUAAUGACGACUUCUCACAUCCAGUGGCCUCCCCUUGGCCUCAAGAGGCUGAGCCGAAGCUGGACUCGGCGAACGCGGUGACACUGAAGCAAUCUUGGCAGAGGUUCUGCACGCAGUCCAAGCAGUGCAUCCAUAGCCUUCGCAUCCGGAAAGAGCGCAAAGCAGCCAAGCAGCUGGGUUUCAUCAUAGCUGCAUUCAUGGUCUGCUGGAUCCCGUACUUUGUCACCUUCAUGGUGAUGGCCUUCUGCAAGACCUGCAUUCAUCACGACCUCCACAUGUUCACCAUCUGGCUGGGCUACUUCAACUCCACACUCAACCCUUUCAUUUACCCGCUCUGCAAUGACAAUUUCAAACGGAUUUUCAAACGCAUACUUCACAUUCACUUGUGAGGACUGGUCAAGCAUGCAGCUGAACUUGCAAUGCAGAAGCUGUGUGUCCUGCCGAUCAUCAUUCUCUUCGUUUCCAUGCCUACUGUGGUUGUAAUAUCUCAUUGUACUUAUCAUAAAAAUAAAACAUGAUACCUGCUUACAGCAGUAACAUGCUUUGUAGGUUGUAUAUUCCAAUGAAUCGCUUUUAUCCAUGUCAGAUCAUCCCUAAUCCCUAAGGUUAUUUAAAUUCCUUAUUUUCUAAGGCACCCAGGAUGCAAUGCAUCUUCAAAAAUGUUAUUAUUUGUAUAAAUGAUGGGCUGACACAAAUAAUAUACUUACUUUGUAUUCUAUGUUCAGUGUUUUUCGAAUGAUCUCAUUUGUAUUUUUAAGUACAGAACAAACUAAAUUUAAAUGAGAUGAUGAUUAAUCUCUUUGAAUGCCUGAAGGGCAAAUAAAAAAAAACUGAAAACAAACACAAAACAAAUCAUAUUCAAACUGAUAUCAUACACAUUGCAUCAGUUCAUCAUUAUUAUUCUUUUUUUUUAAACUGGCCUAAAGAACUUUACAACCUUUAAAUGUCAUUUGAGAUGGGACUGCUCUGACACAUUAAUUAACAUUUCAAUACCUUUCUAUUUUAGACUAAAUACAGCUUUUGUGAUAGAUGGUGUUAAUAAAAAAUCCAUAAAUGAGCUUAGACCUCAAA